AUCAUUCUCUUAGCUAACGGCACGCCAGUGCUAGCUUAAUCCCAUCCCCCAGGCCAGAGAUGACAGCUUCGUAUGUCAACCACAUACGGUACAUCUAUCUUAUCUUUGCUCAGCCAUCACACUUGGCGCUUUAGGGCGGCUGUUAGCUGGGCUUCUGGAGUGGAGUCGGGUCUCCCAGUUACCUUGCCACUUGACUAGACUACUAUACUAGGCUUUUACAACCCCCAUAGCGGAUGAUUCGAUUCGAUUCCACCGCCCAAACAGCCUCGGGCGGCCAUAAAAACUAGACAGAUAAUCCGCUGGUCGAAGCAACGCCACACCUUUGUAGCUGACCGCUCAUGGAUCGUCCGCCAAUUUCGUAGACUGCAUACAUCUAUCCAGCUGGCUAGCUAGUAGGCUUUUACAUCACCAAAGGAGGAUGUUUCCGUCUCCCAGGAAUCAUCAGGAAGCCAACAUCAGAUUCUAGCUAGCUAGUGGCAGCCAGAGGAGUCGACAGCCUCGAACGUCAACCACACCCAUCAGCUGACUAAAAUUGGCUGGGCCAACAGACAACCCCGACCGAAGCAACGCCACACCUCUCGGCUGCUUUUAUUAUCCAUCGCCACAUCGCCACACCUUUCGGCUGGCCGCUUCUAUUUUUUCGUCCAUUCCGGCAUACUGGUACGGGGUACGGUAGAGGUGGAUGCAGAGCUGUAUGCAGCGUACCUGUAAGAAGUGAAAUGCUACGUGACGAGGAGCAUCCACGAAGCACCGACUCAAAUCUAGUGAGAUCCAACCAUUAAACCUCACACGGAAGCCGAGUCUUCAAUACAAGCGAUUACAAUAAGUAUCUCUUGUCUUGCUUUCAAUCCAAGUCUCCAAUUCGCUUCUCGGGAAUGGUACUGGAUGUACAGAGAUGUCUACAGGAGGGCCCUUCCACUUUGCAGCGUGACUGAAAUGGUUAAUUCAAUGAACGGUUCACUGGCUCUUGAGAACGCAAGGUAAACUUUGCCUGUAGAAAUGGUACCACAACGUACCAAAAGGGUGAUAUCUUUCGGCGAGCCUGUGAAAGGUGUGUUGGGUGAUGUUGAGUGAAGCCGAGCUGAAGUUGUGACGUUGUCAUGCAUGCUUCUCACAAAAAAAGAUUCUCACAAAACAAAAUCAAUUGUGCAACAAACAACAAAUACCCUACCAGUAUCUUUCUACUCUUUCUAUUCAAGCAGUGACAUCCGCAAUGAUGUUUUCUCUGAUGUUUUCCAAGGGCGCAGCACUGCUCUCCUUGCUCAUGUUGGCUUCUGGCCCCUCGUUGGCGGAUUCCAAGAUGAUAUUGCAACAGGAACUGUUCGGAACCGAUGUCGCGGCAUUCGACGAUAGUUGGGCCGGUGCCGUGGCGAUUGAAGGAGACAUUGCAGUGGUCGGUGCCCAUGGCGAUGAUAUCAACCGCACAACCAUUGAACCUGGAUCCGUCUUUAUCUUUGAAAAGGAUGCCGCCACCGGCGAGUGGACCGAAUUGCAGCAAAUCUUUGCCGGUCUCGCGGACGACGGAGAUGAGUUUGGAAAAUCGCUGGUCCUCGAAGGAACGCUACUUGUUGUGGGAGCUCCUUCCAGCGAGGAGGAUGACCUUCUCCGUGCCGGAUCGGUUUAUAUCUUUGAACGAACUGGAACAAACCCUGGUGAUAAAUUUCAAUUUAUGAUGAAAUUGAUUUCCCCUGACGGCCCGCGGGCCUCCGGAGAAUUUGGCUAUUCGGUGGAUAUUUCGGGUGAUACAAUCAUCAUAGGCGAACCAAAUGAUCCCUGGUCCGACAUUGUGGCCGGCUUUGCGCAUAUCUAUGAGCGAGAUGGAGCAGAUGUGUGGGGUUUCGGACAGACUCUUACCAUUCCACAAGACUUUGCGACCGACUUGGAAAACGACGAGUUUGGAACUUCCGUCGCAGUCGAUGGGGACACGGCUGUCAUUGGAGCUCCUGGUGUGAGCUUGGCAUUUGUUUAUUCUCGUGCUGCCACUUUGACAGAGUGGGAGUUGGAGUCCACCCUUGAAUCCACCGACGAGUUGACGACCGAGUUUGGAUCGUCGGUCGAUAUUGACGGAGACAUGCUCGUGGUGAACACCCUAGCUUACGGGGAGAAUUUGCACGUCUUUUUUCGAGAUCCCACUGACAAUUCGUGGACGUUUGAUGCGGUUUUACUGACUGGGAGCUUUGAUGUUGCCAUCUCGGAUGGAUUUAUUGUGGGAGGUGAUGUCUGGGUUCGCUACAACGAAACAUGGCAGGAGAUUGAUGGGCUCAAGUUUGCAACCGCCGUUGCGAUCUCUGGAAACCAAGUCAUUGCAGGAGACACCAGCGUUAAUGCUUUCAUUUAUACGAUCCCUGAAGCUCUGUGGUUUCAAACACAGCAGUUGGAAGCAAACGCGGCAGACUCCAAUGAAAACUUUGGAGAGGCCAUGGAUAUUGACAACGUGAACGACAACAUGGUGAUCUGUGACGCAGAACACUCUGACGGAUCGGUCGGAAGGGCCUAUCUCUAUGAGCGUGUGGAUGGCGAAUGGUCCAACAUUCAGGUGCUCACGGAAGGUCCAGCUGGUGAGGACUAUGAGUACUGCUCGGAUGCAGCAAUCGACGGUGAAUGGCUUGCGGUAGUAGCAAACGGCGGCGUCCACGUGUAUCAACUAGUGGACGGUCUCUGGGUGAACUUUCAAGACCUGCAACUCCCUCUCGGUGUCGGCGACUGCUUUUCCUGCUCCUUUUCCUUUGUGGAUCUCAGUGACGACACCCUGAUCUUGGGUCAAUAUGGCAUCAUCAGCCCUGGAGCCGCUCACAUCUUUUCCAAUGACGGGACCGAAUGGUCCUAUCUCCAAACACUUGAAUCCCCCGAUGGUGGUCCCGAUGAUAAUUUUGGUUUCCUCGGCGGAGUGUCAUCGGAUCAAAUUCUGGUGACUGACGAUGAAAAUGAUAGCAACGGUGAUAAGGCAGGCAGUGUCUACGCGUAUGCCCGAACCCCGGACGGUGAUUGGGAAUUUGAACAAAAGAUUGUUCUCGAGACACCAUCCCCCGGUGCUGAAUUCGGAUCGAGAUUGGCAUUUAGCAAUGGUGUGGCUGUCGUUGCAGUCAGUGGUCUUCAUCGGUACAGCGAGAACAAGUACGUUGUGUCGAAGGACUCAACUGGUUGGGGCAUCCGUAGCGUGGUCCAGACAGAUGGAUUCGUUUUGGGAUUGUCUGGAGACGCCACAAGGAUUGCAACACCAACGGUGAGCUUCACGCAACUUAGCAACGGAACUUGGGUGGAGGAUCUCUCCUUUGAGGACUAUCGCCCAGGCCGAGCCGUGGCGGUUUCCUCGUCAGGGGAUGCCGUAAUCAUUGUCGAGCACGAUAAUACUGCCCAGGUCUAUUCGUUGGUCGAUAUCCUGGGUGCUGAAGAGGAGACCUCAUCGAAUGUUGGCACAGGCGUGGGAGCCAGCAGGUUGGGCGAAUUCCCUUAGGUGUGCUUUUGGCCGCACAAGGCCGGUAUCAGGCUGCUGGAGAUUCCAGACAUUCUUACAUGUAGUAUUGGAAGAAACUUAUAGUGAACGAUUUAACUGAUG